AUGGCCAACUCCGAUUCAACAACUCCAAAGGUCGCUGCCCCUCUGUCCGAGAAUAAUGAAAAUGUGCCUAGUACUCCCAAGCUUGAGGAUCUUCAAGGUUGGAGAUCAAAGCUGGACACCCAGGUUAAGGCGUACCAGAAUGAGCUUUCUGAAAUUAAGAGCUCACUGAAUGCUGAAGUGGAUCAGCUUCGAGCUGAUUUUCAAGAGCUGAGGACUAUACUGCAGCAGCAACAGGAUGAUGUGGCAAUGAGCUUGAGGAAUUAUGGGCUGCAUGAUGACAAUGCUGUUACGCAUGAGGGCACUGAUGUUCCUAAAGCAGAAAUCAAGGAAGAGGUUAUUGAAGUUGUGCCUAAGGUGGAAACUCAGGAUUAA